AUGUCCUCUGAAGAAUCUGUUAUGCAAUAUAUUCUAAAUGUAUUAUAAUUUGUAAUCAUAGAAAGUCAAUUCAUUACUCAAUAACAAAUAAUAGAUAUCAAUUUUAUAAGUAGUACAAUAAGGGAAUAAAUUAAUAAUGUAUUCUCAUAUUAAGAUAUCUUGAUAAUGAAUACAAAGAAAUGACAGAUAAUAUGUUAAUGGGACUAAAAUGCCAUAAAUAUUUCAUCUAUCAUCCUAAUUUAAUUUAUGUUCAUCAGAAAUGUCAAUUAAGUAGUUUUCCUUCUUAGUUGUGCUUAUUUCAACUUCUAUAUUUUUCAAUCUAUUGAGAUUGAAGAUAAACUACUCAAAUUAGCAUUAUAAAACAUUCUUGCAGGAUAAAAAGUUAGAAAUCUUUAUAGAUUUUAUUUUAAAGAUCAUGUAUUUAUUUAAGAGAUGACAAAUAAAUGUUAACUUUAUUCAUAAGGUUUUGAAAUUAAAAAAUAAAUUUAUUCUUGA